AUGUCGCAGAUUGUGAAGGCCGAGAGCCGAGAACCCAGUCAUUUGUCGGAUGAAGUUAGAGAAUCUUUGAGGUUGAUCGAGGAUCUCAAGUUCUUUUUAGCUACGGCACCGGCAAAUUGGCAAGAAAACCAGGUUAUACGUCGAUAUUAUCUCAAUUCGGAUGAGGGUUUCGUUAGCUGUGUUUUUUGGAAUAAUCUCUAUUUCAUUACGGGAACUGAUAUAGUACGAUGUAUUGUGUACAAGUUUACACAUUUCGGGCGUCGAAUUAUAGACAGAAAAAAGUUUGAAGAGGGUAUAUUUUCCGAUCUCCGUAACCUCAAGCGAGAUUCCGAUGCUGUUCUCGAAGCUCCCAGAUCGGAGUUUUUGAAGUUCCUUUACAAAAAUUCGUGUUUACGAACCCAAAAAAAGCAAAAGGUUUUCUUCUGGUUCAACGUUCCUCACGACAAGUUGAUGGCUGAUGCGUUGGAACGGGAUCUCAAAAAGGAAAAAAUGGGCCAAAAGCCUACUACGAUUGCAGAGAGGGACCCGGCAACUUCAUUCACAUAUAACGAGUCAAUGCUGUUGGAAGUGAUGUUGAGUCGCCAAAUGACGGACGAUGUGGCUGCCAAUGAUGUUGGGGCCUCCAAAGACGACGAAGAACCAGAAUACAAAUCGUCUGCCGCAGCGAUUCGAGACGAAUCCAAUGAUCCCCACCUCUCAAUGGCCGACUAUAUUAAUGAAGAAACACGAAAUUCAGACGAGGACGAUUUUCCUCUCGAUUACUUCCCGGCAGAGACUUAUUCUGCCAGAGUCCCAACUGCUGACUAUAUUCCACUAGACAAAGUACAACCAGGAUACUCAGUCGCAUUCGACGAUAUGGUUCGAUCUUAUAAUUUUUCAAUGCCUCAGGCUAAUCCUCGAAAUGGCAGUCCGCUCGUAAACAAAGAUGAAUACUUGAUCGAGCAAAUGCAACCCAUAAAACCAAACUCCAAAAUUUAUCAGGUGGAAUCUCAACCAACUCCCAAGCAGGUGGUAUACGGCGCACCAGUCGCAGCUCCUCCGACUGAAAUGGACGAUUCUUAUGGCUAUCCUAUCCAACCACCACCCUCUGCAUUCCAACCACAUUUUUACGACCCAGUCAAUGCCAUGCAAUAUCAACCGUAUAUGGUUCCCUUCCCAGAAUCGUACGUCUACAAUCCAUACGUCGAAGCGGAACCUUGGUCCAUGCCUUAUCCUCAUGCUCCUUUUGUGGGCCUGCCCAUGUACAAAGAACCAUCUCAUGAUCAUAUGUUUCAGACUAUGUAUGAACCUCCACCCAUGAUUGCUAUGCAUCCAGGAUACCACCAGGUUUCUGAAAAGCAACAAGUUGCUAGCACUUCGAUGAUGAGAAAGAAAAGAGAGUUACUUAGAAAUAAAGGUGGUAUACGAAAGCCUCAGACGGCACCCAAAGUGAGAUUUUUCACUGCAAACGCCGACUCUCCAAAGGUUUUAGAUUCAGAUCAAUUCAUACCAACCCCAGAAUCUUCAAUACCGAACACAGGAUAA